GUUCACAUCAUACCGCCGCCGCCGUUGCUCGCCGCGCCGCCCGCUGCUCCCGGCCGCCGCCAUGUGCUGGUGCCACUCUGUCGUCGCAUCCUCCUACGAACCCCCAGCACAUCUCAUCCUUCCCUCAGCGCACACGCACGCCCAUGAUGCACCGCUGCAGCCACCCACAGGUCCAACUGUUGCUGGCCAUCGCCGAUGCCACCACCUGCCGAAAAAUCUCGGUCGUGGUCAUCUCUGCCAGCUCCCCACCGCCGCCAAGCCAUCACGCCCCCAACGCUCGUCCCCGCGGCAAACCCUAUAGCCGUGCGGCUUGGCUGUCGGCGCUGCUCCCACGACGCGCCGAGUCAGACCCAACGUGUCUCGAUGGCCACCACCUCCGCCUACGUAGCGGCGGCUGGCGGGGAAGCAGCGGUGUGGCCGUGCCGUGGCACCCUUCUCAGGCCACGGCCUCCGCCACCUCGCCUCGCCUUCCUCUCCAGAACGCCCGCUCGGGGAGCCUCGAUCUCGCUGCCAACGGGGCUUCACCGGGCGGCGGCGGCCGCUGAGGGGAGGACGGGGAUGGGGGUCGGGAGUGAGGAGAAGGAGGAGGGUCUGACGUGGUUGGAGCUGGAGCCGAUCGACAGCAACGACCAACUGGACUGGGCCCUUGCCGCGGGCCAGCAGCGCGGUGCGCCCAUCGUCCUGCUCUGGUAA